CAGCGAUUGGCAGGCGGAUGGGAGAAGGCGGGGCGCGGCGGCGCGGUUGCUAGGCAGACUAAGAUGGCCGCGCUGGACAGGGUCAAGGUGCUGGUGCUGGGCGACUCCGGUGUGGGGAAGUCGUCGCUCGUGCACCUGCUGUGCCACAGCCAGGUGCUGGGAAACCCGUCGUGGACGGUGGGCUGCUCGGUGGACGUCCGAAUCCAUGACUACAAAGAAGGGACUCCGGAAGAGAAGACGUACUAUAUUGAGCUGUGGGAUGUUGGAGGUUCAGUGGGUAGUGCCACUAGUGUAAAAAGCACACGAGCAGUAUUUUAUAACUCACUGAAUGGGAUAAUUUUAGUGCAUGACUUAACCAACAAGAAAUCAUCUCAGAAUUUGUAUCGCUGGACUUUGGAAGCACUCAACAGAGAUGUUGCUCCAACAGGAGUUCUUGUGACAAACGGUGACUAUGACCGUGAACAGUUUGCUGAUAACCAGAUUCCACUGCUGGUAAUAGGAACUAAGCUGGACCAGAUCCCAGAAACUAAGCGUAAUGAAGUUUUGACCAGAACAGCUUUCUUGGCUGAGGAUUUCAAUGCUGAAGAGAUAAAUUUGGAUUGCACCAAUCUUCGUUACUUGGCGGCAGGUUCUUCCAACGCUGUCAAGCUAAGCAGAUUUUUUGAUAAGGUCAUAGAGAAGAGAUACUUCUUAAGAGAUGGCAGUCAGAUUCCUGGCUUCUCGGAAAGAAAGAGGUUUGGAGGAGGAACGCUGAAGAGCCUUCAUUACGACUGAACAUUGAAGGAGAAGUGGAAGAUGACUUCUCUGAGUUUCUGACCACAUUCCCAUUCCCACUGGAUGCUUAAAGACAAUAAUUCGUAUGUCAGGCAGAAUAAAAUGAAAUCAUGCUUUGGCUGGGUAGACUGCUGAAGCUACUCUUGCUGGAAAAGACUUGAAGACUUUCCAGAAAUCUAAUUUGAAACGUAGAGUCUUUCUUAGGAUUGCAGGCCGUCUGGAUAUAUGGGAACAUUUGGGGAAAGUGUGCAAUAAAUUCAGUGCCUCCCACACUGCUGUGGGAAACUAUCAUGCAUAGCA